UUUCUUCUUUCUUCUUUCUUCUUCCAUUCGCCUCCUCCGUCUCUAGGUCCUCCUAAACAAACCCUCGACCCUAGUACAGGCAGGAGAGGUUAAAGAGACGGCGCCGUUUCGCUGUCCGCCUUGACUGAGUCCUCAGCUUCGUCUUGGCCCUCGAUUUUGCUAUAUUUCUUAGCGUCAGUCCUCUAUAGUUCGAUCUCUAAGUUUUCUUCGAAACCCAUAGCAUCGUAGAAAUGGCGGUGAAACCCACCAAGUCGGAAAAGAAGGUCGCUUACGACACAAAGCUGUGCCAGCUGCUUGACGAGUACACUCAAAUCUUGGUGGUGGCGGCCGACAAUGUUGGAUCCAACCAGCUACAGAACAUUCGCAAGGGUCUACGUGGCGACUCCGUGGUGCUCAUGGGUAAGAACACCAUGAUGAAGCGCUCUGUGCGGAUCCAUGCUGAGAAUACCGGAAAUCAAGCCUUCCUCAACCUCAUUCCCCUUCUUGUGGGCAACGUGGGGCUGAUUUUCACUAAGGGUGAUUUGAAGGAGGUCAGCGAGGAGGUUGCCAAGUACAAGGUUGGAGCACCUGCUCGUGUUGGUUUAGUUGCUCCAAUUGAUGUUGUUGUCCCUCCCGGCAACACUGGACUCGACCCUUCACAGACCUCUUUCUUCCAGGUUCUUAACAUACCAACGAAGAUUAACAAGGGUACUGUUGAAAUUAUCACCCCUGUGGAGCUUAUUAAGAAGGGUGACAAGGUCGGCUCCUCUGAGGCUGCCCUGCUUGCAAAGCUUGGAAUAAGGCCAUUCUCUUAUGGUCUUAUUGUCCUAUCUGUUUAUGAUAAUGGCUCAGUCUUCAGCCCUGAGGUGCUUGAUCUUACCGAGGAUGACCUUAUUGAGAAGUUUGCCAUUGGUGUAUCCAUGGUCACCUCAUUGUCACUGGCUCUCUCAUACCCAACCCUAGCUUCUGCACCACAUAUGUUCAUCAAUGCCUACAAGAAUGCUCUAGCAAUUGCUGUCGCUACUGAUUAUUCCUUCCCCCAGGCGGAGAAAGUUAAGGAGUACCUGGAGGAUCCUAGCAAGUUUGCUGUUGCUGCGGCCCCCGUUGCAGCAGCUUAUUCGAGUGCUGGCCCCGCUGCUGUUUCUAAGGAGGAAGAGAAGGAGGAGCCGGCUGAGGAGUCCGAUGAUGACCUGGGUUUUAGUUUGUUCGAUUAAGUUUGUAUUGGUUAUGUUUUUACUUAAGGAUGGCGAUCCUUUCAUUUAACCUUCUUUUUGGAUUUUAAAUGCUGGACUUUAUGUUUUAUGUUCUUUUGUUGACCUUGUUCUCUUGGGAAAUCACCAAGUUUAGUAUGCCCUAUUGCUUAGCACUUCAAUAUGCUUUUUGCUAUUGAAUUGUUCUUUUGGAGAAGUAUCAACUAUCAAGUGUAACAAUUACUUGGCAGUUACUAUUACUCUAUUUUUUGCUAGCUA